AUGGGCAAGAAAGGUUUGUCCAGAGGCUACCGCCGCUCUGGCAGGGGUGGUGGCAACCGCACAAACAAUAAGAACAACUCCAAUAACGGGACAGGAAGACAGACCUUGAUAUACAAGUUCGCACCAAACUCGUCUGGGGAGCAUCAGUAUGCAACCUUUUCCUUGAUCCAAGAAAAGAUAGAGCAUGAGUGUGUCACAUUAUUCGUGCACUACUGUACAGACAUUAUGAGUGAGGUCGAUUCGCUUGCCGAAGUUACAAUCCCGGAUCCUGUCCUCAAGACUUCCACCAAAGCGGACAAAGACGAGAGGAAGCUCGAGGAUGUAGUAUACAUGAUGGUUUUCAAGAGCGAGAUGGAGGAUGUUCAUUUACGCCGACAGCAGCUCGAGGAAAACCGCAUUCGACUUGCAUCCAUCAUCAUAUCCAAAUAUUGUACCGCUGGGAUGGUGAAACUCAUAAGGGCCGAAACAGAUUAUGAGUCCAAGUUGAAGCAACAUCCAGUGGAGUUACUCAAGAGGUUACAGAAGCUGAGCCAUGAGGGUCGGGCUGGCUCAUCUUACGGAUUCGACAAUCUGACUAGGGCCCUGACUAAUCUUCUUCAAUGCAAGCAAGGUCAACAUGAACCAGCGUAUGCAUUUGGCUACCGAAUUCGAGACCAUGCCAAUACAGUCAAGAUGUACCUCGGCGAUGAUUGGCAAGACCACUUUGUGGAAACGCUCCCAGAAUACAGCAAUGCCGAUGCAUCAGGAAAGGCUACGCUCAAGAAGGGAGGUCAUGAAGCUUUCGUAGCUUUCCUGGCCGUGAAUAACGCUUACGAUCCCAAGUACCGGGACACUCUCCGUUCCCGAUAUGCUUUGGGAUACGACGAGUAUCCCCGAGAACUCAGGACUGCUCUCAAUAGGAUUUCUGUUUUCCGCGACCUGCAGGCCAAGUAG